GUUUUCCUUCCCGGCUUUCGUUCGCACUUUCUUUUUCCCCUUGCCUUUGUUGCGCGCCCUCCCUCCUUUUCCCUUCCCUUUUCGCCUCUUUUCUCUUGGAAUUCCGUUCCUGUGAAAUCUCGAAGAAGAUGUUUCCACAGCAAUGGUCAUCUCCAUGCGGAAAUCAGUGCACUCACAAAUACGCAGCUCUUAUGCAGAUCCCAUGGAGAGUUUUUUGCAAGAAAGGCUGUAAUGCUGAUGGGGAGACUUGGGAGGAAUGCUUGGGAGAGUGCAACGAAAUAUGCUACAAAGAUCCAGUUUUUAAGGACCAACAAUGGAGUGCUUACAUUGACCGCUCCCCAGGACCUGACAAUUACUCUGUGGAAUGUUUCCAUGCUUGCGUAGCGGGCUGUGGCUACAAGUUCAGCAUUCCCUCCGAGACAGUGGAUCAGGUUCACCCGAAAAGGCCAGCUAAACCUUGCUCAGUGAGUAAACUGCCCCCAUCUCCCCCAUCUCCCCCUGACCCCCUUCUCAAUCCUGAUGACGUGCCAUGCACAUCCGCUUAGUGAUUCUUUUAGAACAGAUUUUCCAACCGAUUCAGUCUCUAACUACAGUUUUCUACUGGGGAUGCUCUCACAUCGGAAUCUUGUGAUUUGUAAGCACUUCAGGAACUAAAAUACCACAUUUUCUGGCUUUUGUGCUGCGUUUGGAUGCACAAAUAGAUUGAAUUGUGAAUCAAAAGGAAAUAGAAAAUUCAACGAUAUUUCCUACCGGUGAAUGUGGAAGUAGCACCUAAAUUGCAUUUCCUUUUUCUAGUCAGGAAUUUCAUUGCAAUUUGGCCCCUGACUGCUCCCAAUGAAUUCAGCUGAGGGAAUUACAUUUUGGUAUUUCCCACUUCCUUAGAUCAGCGUUUGCAAUUCAGUUUGACUGUGCAUCCAAACACAUUGGUAUGUAAUGCAUCUAUCAGAGACAGCAGGCCCUUCAAGAACUAGAUUUUGUAACUUCAGUCUGUUGAGUUGCUGCAUAUAAUCAUGAGCUAUGUGAGACGAUCAUCUUUGAAUUCCAGCCAUGACAGCUAAACUUUCAGUGUAUUAACUGUAACAGGACAUCUUCGGCAAUUAAGUGCUAAACAAAGGUCUACAAAUGUUGUUUA